AUGCCUCGCUUACGCCUUGUUCUCGUGACCUACGAGUUUACCUACAGCCCUUUUAGUGGCAAUGGCAUCCUGGCUCGGUCCAUUGCCAAGGCGCUGCUGAAACUGGGCUGCCAGAUCACGGUGCUGUGUUGCCGGCCCUGUGAUGAACUUCAGAGUCACAACAGCCAUCUGACUGCGGAAGAGUUGUCGCAGGAGGCUGCUAACAGCCUCACGGUCAUCCCGCUUCAGCUUGCCAAGAGCGACGGCUGGUUCAAGUUGGAUGACAACUCUGCCUGGAAGCGCUUCGUGUUCGACCACAUUGACACCGAGGGCCAACGUUCGCUGGAAAGCAGCUUGCGUGCAGCUGAUGCCGUCGUGGCUGUCGACUGGACCGGUGCAUAUGCUUACAAGUCGUUCCCUGUCAAAGACAAGCCCCUUGUCUACAUGAACUUUCGUGUGUACAGUUCUGGAGUGCUGGACGAGGAAAGACGACGAUGGUUCGACGACAUGGAAAGGCUAGCCGUGGAAAACGCCUCUAUCAUUGUUGCCCUUUCCCAGCUCGACAAGAAGAACCUCGGGACAAUCUCAGAUUCUGCAGUUGGCAAAACCGAGCUUCUUUUGCCGCCCUUGAGAGGCGACAUGCAGGAGCUCGCUCUCCAACAGGAAGAGCUCGACUCGUUUCUCCCCACGGAGGUCGCGGCUUCGGCCGGGACCCUUGGGCGGAGGCGCUUCCUCGUCACCUGCGUCGCGCGGAUCUCGCCUGAGAAGAACGUGUUCCGGUUCCUGCGCUUCUUGGAGAAGGCGAAAGGCACACUGGAGGAGCUCGGUCUGAUCCCGCUCUUGGCGGGCUCCAGUGCCGACGAGUCGUAUGCCCAGGCGGUCAAGGCCGAAUUGAGAAGGCUGGCGCCGAACGCGAUCGUACUGGACAGCUUUCUGCCUCCGAAGUCGCUUGCGGCCGUCUUUGCUCGGACAGCCCUGAACUUCCACCCCUGCGCAUAUGAUGCCUACGGCAUGACGGUUGUUGAAGCGGCAGCCUGCGGGGCGCCCUCUGUCCUGGCAGGUGAGUCUGUAGGCGCCUGGGCACUUCUGGGGUCGUCCUCUCUGUGCGUUGAUAUGCCCUCGGAUGAGAAUGAGCUGUCGAGUGAGGCUGUGGCCGCCAUAACAAGUUUGCUUCGAAGUCCAGAGCUCGAAGUGCUGGGUGCAGCGGCACGAAGGGAGGCUUUGGGAUGGGAUGAGCAGGCCUACGGCUGCAGGCUGGUUGAGCUGAUCUCGCCCCUCGUAACAUCAUGA